AAACACUAUAAUCAGCAAGAUUCGCCCGAAACUCCGACCUCGUGGUUCCACGGUCUGGUCCCGGCGUUGUCGGAACCCUAGGCUCGAAGAUUCCCAGCCUCGAACUUUAAAUCGAAGAGCUCGAAGACCCUAUUUCAGUCCUAACUUGUUUUAUGAGAAUUUUUUUGGUAGGAUACUCUUUGGCGGCAUUGUAACGAAACCCAGAUAUACCCCGGAAGGGAGGUUUUAAUUCUGUCCAUGGUAGCUACGGAAGUAAAAAAUAUGGAAAGGGAACGAACCCGGAAACGGCCUCGUCUAAUGUGGGACAAUGCCCCGUCUUCUGAGACCGAGGCGCAAAGGGCUCUCGUGGUGGGUGAUGGAGUGUUUCAAGAUAGGCAUGCAUCGCCUCCAAGAAGGGACGAUGAUCGUGAAGGCCAUUACGUUUUCAAUCUUGGCGAAAAUCUUACUCCUAGAUAUAAAAUCCUCAGCAAGAUGGGUGAAGGCACAUUCGGUCGAGUUUUGGAAUGUUGGGACCGCCAAACAAGAGAAUAUGUCGCCAUCAAAGUAGUUAGAAGCAUACCAAAGUACCGUGAUGCAGCAAUGAUUGAGGUUGAUGUACUUCAACGUCUAGCCAAGAAUGAGAAAGGCAGUUCACGCUGUGUACAUAUUCGGAACUGGUUUGAUUACCGGAAUCAUAUAUGUAUUGUAUUUGAGAAGCUUGGACCAAGCUUAUUUGAUUUUCUUAAGAGAAAUAAAUACUGCCCAUUCCCCGUGGAUCUUGUUCGGGAAUUUGGACGACAGCUUUUGGAAUCUGUAGCAUAUAUGCAUGACCUACGCCUAAUCCACACUGACCUGAAGCCAGAAAAUAUACUUCUGGUUUCUCCUGAAUUCGUAAAGAUCCCUAGCUGUAAGAGGAUUCCCUCAGAAGAAAUGCAAUUCAGGUGCUUGCCCAAGUCUAGUGCUAUUAAGCUGAUUGAUUUUGGUAGUACUGCAUUUGAUAAUCAGGACCAUAGCUCCAUUGUUUGUACAAGGCAUUACCGAGCCCCUGAGAUUAUUCUAGGUCUAGGAUGGUCAUACCCAUGUGAUUUGUGGAGUGUCGGAUGUAUUCUUGUUGAACUUAUUUCGGGCAAAGCACUGUUUCAGACGCACGAUAACUUAGAGCACUUGGCAAUGAUGGAGAGAGUGCUGGGGCCUCUCCCUGAGCAUAUGGCUCGAAGGUCUAACCGGGGUGCUGAAAAGUAUUUUAGGCAUGGGACACGACUAAAUUGGCCUGAAGGGGCUAUUUCAAGGGAAAGUAUUCGAGCAGUGAGGAAGCUUGAUCAUCUUAAGGGACUUGUAGCACGACAAGUGGACUCGUCAAGAUCCUCUUUGACUGACCUGUUACAUGGUUUACUGGCCUAUGAUCCGUCUGACCGUCUAACAGCUCGCCAAGCCCUUGAUCAUCCCUUCUUUAGGAAUCCUACUUGAGAAAAUCGAAGUUGAUAUGCCCUGGUGUUUUAAAAUGCAGUCUGUCUUGUUGGUUUUGUAAAGUUCGGCUGAUCUGGCUACAAUUUUUAACCCAAAAGGGAAAUGUUUUAAAAAUGUUUAUAACGGCUAGAUCCUAGAUGGUAUAGGAUUUGUAUCUGCGGUCGCUUUAUAAAUAAAUUCAAUAAUAGGAUUGACUCA